CGGAAUACAAAUACUCUAGACCUAAAAUGUAUUCGCAGCUACGUGUAUGCUCGGAUCCGAUUGUACAUUAGACUACCUUUAGAAGAAAAAACUAAUACAUGAUGGGACAAUUCUUCAUAUAAACCAAUGUAUUGUAUAGGUAAUGUCAUUUACAAAACUUUAUACCGAUGGUUCUUUUUCUACUGAAAAUGGCUGACCAUACGCAGGCACCAGAGGAAACUGUGCAUUCGAACGACAUAUCUGCAGGAAACAGCGCAGCCGACGGUGAAGACUUCUCCCUUACCUUAAACUCCUCGCACGAAGAAGAACACCCUGAAGUUAAAGACAGCACACCCUAUGGCUGCUACUUCUGUCUCAAAGUGUUUGCCUCGUUUCUCUUCGCGACUGCACUGCUUUUUGCCUUAGUGGCCAACAAGGUGACAAUAUACGCCAUAUCUCACAGCUUGUCAAACCACUCCUCAGGUUCUGGACCCAAUGAAUUGACCAUCGAUACCAUCGACCAGAAGAUAUCAGUGUUUAUGUUAAUGGUCAUCCUGAUUAUUCCAUACGGCCUGGCGUUUCUGCGCUGUCUUUGGAGUUCGGGGGUGCUUCAGACCUUGACGCGGAACCUUUUUUGUUUCUGCUGCUGCGCCAACUUUUCCUGUUCCAGAGCAAAGCGCGACUUGGAGACGCCGUGGCCUUCAUGGGGGCGUAUAGCUUUGAUAAUAGUGACAAGUCUUUUGGAAGUCCUCGGCCUCUGGAUCAUCCUUCUGUACGUAUUCCCUUUCUCAACCGGAUUGGAAAGCGUUUUGUCGUCUGCCUUGGUUUUCCUCGGCUGCAACAUAUCCGAUCUUCUCCUUUGGCUCAAAGGGAGAUUUUUCCAUGACGAUCAACAAAUCCAGGAGGAGCCCAACGCCCGAACAAAAGCUCUCACCGCCUUGUUUAAUACAGUCCCUUUAUUUUUAAGUGCAAUCGGCCUAUUCCUUUUGCUGUUCUUUGAUAAGGAUAUUAGACAUGAUGGCGAACGCGGAGAGAGUUCCCCUAUUGCUUGGGCCCUCCCACUAGGUGUCGCUCUGGUAGCUGUGUCUUGGGUACCAACUAUACUACAGUGGCAAGUGACCAUUACACCUAAGAAACAAUUGCCUAUCUCACGCAUUCGUUUUCAGUUGCUCGCGGAAGAUGAAACUGGAGUUUCCAUUUUUCCAGACGGAUGUCGCUGGAAAGCUGGCUUGAUUUCAAACUUCUUGAAAGUGUUUUUUGUUCCACUUGUCCUGCUCAUUCUAGGAGAAAUUUAUAUUCAAAACGAUGCCAUAAUUAACAUUGCCCUGUUAAUACCACCGAAUGAAUUUGCCACCUACGUUUUCCACCAAGAGUUUUUCUGGUACUUCCUUAUCAAUAUAUUCUCUAGUCUUCUGGGGUAUUUAUUUGCGUGGGCUACGAUUGCGAUUUCCUUUGGGUUUACCUGUCGGUUUUGCAAAAGUAAAAGAAUUUUCAUUUCCGCCCUCUUCUGCCCGCUUAUAACCGCCUCGCCAUUGGCGGCAAUUUUGAUCGGCGUAGAGCGCACGUGCUCGGUGAUGCUUCCUCCUGAGCAGUGUCAUAGUCAGGAUGAGUUAAGCUGGGGUUUUAUUGCCACCGUCCUGAUUCUGGUAGCUAGCUUUGUUUCAUGUGGAGUUUGGAUAGUCACUACAAGGCCCCGGACUAUACUAACAAGCGAGUCUCAGAUCUUUUGGCAUGCUAACUACACUGGUGCGUUGUUGGAGCAAUGGCUUUGGCUAAAUCGUAAGACAGAGAAAAAAGAUCUAACUCCAGUGCCAACUGACAAGGAAAAGAAACAUUGUGUUAUUUAUUUAUGUACAACAAUGUGUAAUGAGUCAGAAGAGGAAAUGACCCAACUACUUCUUUCUUUGAAAAAUGUCAUUGAUGGUAGAGACAGAGGAUCGCCAUUGUUCCACUCUCACAUAUGGCUAGAUGGUGCUUUUGACACCAAGACGAAACCAGAAAGUAAUACACUCAGUAGAAACGCACUCCAGUUACUGGGCAUAGUAAAAUCUGUGUUUGAUGUCAGUUUAGGGAAUGAACCACCUGGUACAGUAUCCUACCGUUUUGAGACGAGGAAAACAAGGUACGGUCGCCGCUUUACGUGGACAUUUUAUGAUCUCAAUGAGGAACUGGAAGAUGUGGAUCUAAAUGUGCAUCUCAAGGACAACAGAAAGGUUAAGAAGAAGAAACGUUGGAGCCAGAUUAUGUACUUAUCGUACAUCAUUGAUUUUCUCUGUAUAAAAACAGCAAAAAGAACUGGUUUAGAUGUGGAUGAAAUUUUGAAGGAUACUUUUAUCUUGACGACCGACGCUGAUGUGAAGUUUGAAUUUGCAUCGGUAGAGGCUCUCCUUGAUGUUUUCCUGCGAGACGAAACCAAGCAGCUUGGAGCCGUUUGUGCCCGAACCCACCCGCUGGGUUCUGUAGCCAACCCUUUAGUAUCAUACCAGAUUUUUGACUACGCUAUUGGCCACUGGUUGCAAAAGGUUGCCAACCACACUCUGGGAAGCGUGCUGUGUGCCCCCGGCUGCUUUAGCAUGUACCGAACGGCCAUUUUGAAAAACGUCCUACCAGAGUACGGGAGUGACACUAGCUGUGGCACGGAGUUCCUUUACAAAGACAUGGGAGAGGACAGAUGGCUCUGCACUUUGAUGGUUAACAACGGGGCGUGGCUUGAGUACUGCGCGGCUGCAGAAGACAAAACAUUUUGUCCAACUGGGUUUGAGGAAUUCUUCAAGCAGCGACGACGUUGGAUUGUAUCUACUAUGGCUAAUAUGUUCUUACUAAUGAGAUCAUUCGGUACAGUCGUCCGCUGUAACAAACACAUCACAAGUUUGUUUAUGGUUUACCAGUUUUUGCUGUUCAUAUCAUCCCUCAUUGGUCCCGCAACGGUCAUUUUAGUAAUAGCAGGUGGUUACGAGUACGCUUAUGACAUUAACAGCGUGAUAAUUACCAUCAUUCUCGUCAUCCUGGCCGCCAUAUUACUCGUUGUUUGCUACUUUGCUGCGCACAAAACUCAGAUUUUGUUUGCUGUAGGUCUUAGUAUAAUUCUUGCCCUGGCCAUGGUUGCUGGUUUUAUAGGUACCGCCAGACAACUGGUGACUGACUAUAACAAUAUAACGGCUUUCGUUUACCAGGUAGAUAAAAACGAUCCAUGGCAAGUAAAUGUUCCCAUCAGCUCAAUCUAUAUUACUGUCGUGGUGGGAAUAUUUGUGAUUACAGCAUUACUACAUCCAACCGAAUUCCUGUGUCUCCUGCACGGAAUUACGUACCUAUUUUUCCUGCCUGGGGGAUAUCUGAUUUUGAUGAUUUAUAGUAUUUGCAACAUCACAGACCAAUCUUGGGCUGAAUGGGUCCAAAUGGAAGUGAAAGAAGAGGUCAGAAAACUCGUCAGGGCUGAGGCCUCGUCUUCGCCUAACCUUGACCUGGAGUCCGAUGACAACAUGCUUGGGUCAUCGUCGUCUGCUGUGGCUACUUCUGACCACUCGGAGGACCGAUUUUGGGAACAGUUGGUUGAACUGCGUCUCAAACCACAGGCGGUUUUUCCAGAGAGGGAGGAUCGGUUAGCGGGAGAACUGCAUGACAUCCGGAAAACUUCCCUUAUAUGGUUUGCAGUGGCCAACAUGUUCUGGCUUGUCUUGUUUCUGACGCUGAGCAACCUUCCAGCAAACGAUAAGAAGGGAUCAGACUUGCAUGUGUUUGGAAACAAUCCAGUCGGGCUGGCAUUUCUGUUCCUGUUUUGUCUUUUACUCAUCAUCCAGUUCUUCAGCAUGUUGGUGCAUCGCGUAUGGACAUUUAUCCACUUGGUGGCACGCGCAAAGUUGCCCGGAUCCAAGACAAGUCGCCCAGAUGCUUCGGUCUGGAACACACGCAUAGCGCGACAUCAGGUGGCCGAUCCUGAGGAGGAGGAGCAAUUCUAUCAGUCAUGGAAUGCCACGCUGAAAAGGGUGACCGAAUUUUCGCAGUCCAUGUCCGACCAGAGAAGUCUCUUGGGCUAUUCUAUCCGAAAAUAG